ACGGUCGGUUUAAUGGUGAUAAAUAACUAAAAUAAGUAAACAACCAAACGGCCAACAGGUUGUUGUUAUUAUUUAGAAAGAAAUCUGUCCCGUGCGACGUUGCCGAGAACGCCGGUCGUUUUGCUUCCAUACCGCGCGACAUUGACAUCGGCAACGUUGCACCUUCGCGUCCGGGUCCGUCAUCCAUUUUGUUUACAUAUCGUCGUCGUUCUCUACAAUUGUAGCACCUCUGACCACAGCAAACGGGGUCCUCUACUCCGUCUAGCUGUUUAUGCCACGGCCGCUGCCUGAGCGUUUUGCCGUUUAAGUCGUUUGUUGUUGUUAAUUAUUCUUUUUGUUUUUCCCCCCUCGUAGUCCACGUUGACGACGAUAUCGCAUCAGGUUUACUGAACGUCACGUAACCAAAACUUACCGGUUUCAUAAAUUUUCAAGUUUUCACUGUUUCUCACUCUGAUUUUUGUUGUCGUAGCAGAAGCACAAGCAAGUGUACGCCGCCCACACGAUUCACCUAUUCAUUUUUUAACUCAAGACUUAAAGCAACAUGUCUCAUCGUGACUGGGAUCAAUCAUGCAAAGUGUAUAUUGGUAAUUUGGGCCAAAAUGGUACUAAACAUGAAAUUGAAGCAUCAUUCACAAAAUAUGGUCCAUUGAAAAAUACUUGGAUUGCUAGAAAUCCUCCUGGUUUUGCCUUUGUUGAAUUUGAAGAUCCUAGAGAUGCUGAAGAUGCAGUCAGGGGACUUGAUGGAACCCGUAUUUGCGGAGUUCGUGUACGUGUUGAAAUGUCUAGCAACAGACCUCGUGGUGGACGCGAUGGUCGCGGUGGCGGAGGAGGUGGUGACCGCAGAGGUGGUGGUGGUGGAGGAGGUGGUGGAUACAAUAGAGGUCCUCCACGUUACAAUGAUAGGUAUAAUGACAGGAAAAGGAUCAUUGGUUAUCGCCCAUACUAAAAAAUUUAUCAUCCCAUCUUAUAAAAAAAACCUCACACUGACAAUAUGACUUGACCAACAAUUUUCGUACUUCGCUCCACCAAUUCUACUGAAUUGAAAUACCGUAACGUGUUAUUUAACAUCAUGCGGGCGGAAACAGCCUAUUCUACACUAUUCUACAAUAUUCUUCCAACGCCUCUACCCUACGAUCAACUCUUCACAAGCACUUGUAUGCUUUCUUGGCUGUUUUAACGUCUCCACUCACACUCUCCAUCUAAACAACAUAUGGUAUUAUUUAUUCUUUCAUUGAAAAUUGAGAGUUGUAAGUUAAAAGGUAUUUAGUUUUUUGUUUUGUUUUUUUUUUUUUUAAACAAUUACCUAUGACAUGUUUUUUUAAUAGGAGCUGUAAUAAGUAAGUAUAAUUAAUACUCCCUAGUUGAAAAUGGAGAUGGUUAUAGUAACUGUUAUUUGUUAUUAUUAUGAUGUAUAACUAUUUAAAUUAUAUUUUAGAUCACGAUCGCGAUCUCCCAAACGUCGUGCACCGCCAUCACGGUCACGUUCAAGGAGCUACUCACCAAGACAACGUCGUACGUCACAUUCCUAAGAUAAACAUUUUAAACAUCGAUGAUACAGGUUCCAUUUAAUAUGAACUUUAGUAUGCCCCAAUCAAUUAUUGUUCCCUAUAAAACUUCAAUAUUUUCUGUUAGUAUUUUACAGAAAUCCUAAGAAUUUUUUUUUAAAUGAUCUAAUUUGUAAUUUUUUUAACUCAAGAUUACUUGGUAUUUCCAAAUGAUCACUUAAAAUUUUAUAGCUUUAUAUUAAGUUAACUUUUGUAAGUUAUUUUUAUUCAUUAUACCUACCAUUAGUUUGGUUUACUUAAAAUAUACAAUACACUUAGAUAAAUAAUUUAAUUUUUGAAUUGUAUAGAUUGUCUUUAGUUGGUCCCCAAUCCCCAUACAUUAUAACAUCCACCUUAAUGCUUCCUGACUACAUUUAAAAUCUUGCUUAUUUUUGAAAAAUGAAUGGAAUUAGUUAUUAAACUUUUUAAAUAAAUUGGCUAUCUCAGAUUUUAAGAAAUAAUAACGACAAACAUUUUGCAUUUCAAGGUAAAAAUUCAGUAUAUACUCGGUGUAACAAUUAUUUUAAUAAUUUAUUUUGGUAAUAAACUUUAAGACUAACUAUAAAUAAAGUAGGCAAUCACUUAUAAAUUAAAAUUUUAUAACUAAUAUGAAUAAAAAGUCAACAUUAAUGGUUAAUUUGAAUAUUGUAAUACCAAAAUGAACUCAAAUUCAAAGUGAGAUAUGUCAUAAAGUAGUGGUACACUAUCAUUAACUGGUAUAAAUUAUAUGCAUUAUUUGGAUUUGGAUAAUAUAUACAUUGUAUUAGAUCAA